UCGGCUGCUUUAUCUUCCUCCUCGGCGGGCGCUGCUGGCGUUUUGGGCCCUAGGCGUUGGGACUUCGUUCGGGAGCUGACCCUCCUGCGGGCCGCGCAGUGGCCGCCCUCUUUGUCCGUCUUCCACAGCGGGUCACCGGCCGGCCGCAGGCAUUUCCACGGUGGGUGAAGAGAGAAGAUGGUUUUAAGAAACAGAGUGACAAAGCCCAGUGAAAUCCCUGAGAAAGAUGGAGACCAGAGAAACCUUACGAAGGAAUCCCUAGAGACACUCAGAAAUGGUCGACUUGACAUAAAACAGCUGAUAGCAAAGAAGAGACAGUUGGCAGCAGAGGCUGAGGAAUUGAAGCCACUUUUUUUGAAGGAAGUUGGCAGUCACUUUGAUGAUUUUGUGACCAACCUCAUUGAAAAAUCUGCAUCAUUAGACAAUGGUGGAUAUGCCCUUACCACUUUUUCCAUCCUUGAAGAAAUGAAAAGCAAUCAUCGAGCUAAAGAUCUGAGAGCACCUCCAGAACAAGGGAAGAUUUUCAUGUCAAGACGAUCUCUCUUAGAUGAACUAUUUGAAGUGGACCAUAUCCAAACAAUUUAUCAUAUGUUUAUCGCCCUCCUCAUCAUCUUUAUCCUCAGUACUUCUGUAGUAGAUUACCUUGAUGAAGGAAGGUUGGUGCCUGAGUUCAACCUUGUAUCUUAUGCUUUUGGAAAAUUUUCUACUGUUAUUUGGACAUGGUGUCUCAUGUUCUUCUCCACACUUUCAAUUCCUUAUUUCCUGUUUCAACAUUGGGCCAAAGGCUACAGCAAGAGUUCUCACCCAUUCAUCAGUACUUUUAUCCAUGGCUUGUUUUUCCUAGUCUUCCAGCUGGGGAUUCUAGGUUUUGGACCAACAUAUAUCACACUAACAUAUGCAUUGCCACCAGCUUCCCGGUUUGUUGUUAUACUUGAGCAGAUUCGAAUGGUAAUGAAAGCCCAUUCAUUUGUCAGAGAGAAUGUUCCACGGGUACUAAAUGCAGCAAAAGAAAAGUCAAGUACAGUUCCAAUACCCACAGUCAACCAGUACUUAUAUUUCUUGUUUGCACCCACCCUCAUCUACCGUGACAGCUAUCCUAGAACUCCCUCUGUAAGAUGGGGUUAUGUUGCUAUGCAGUUCCUACAGGUUUUUGGUUGCCUAUUUUAUGUGUACUACAUCUUUGAAAGGCUCUGUGCCCCUUUGUUCCGGAACAUCAAGCAGGAGCCCUUCAGCGCUCGUGUUCUGGUCCUGUGCGUGUUUAACUCCAUCUUGCCAGGUGUGCUGAUCCUGUUUCUCUCUUUUUUUGCCUUUUUGCACUGCUGGCUCAAUGCCUUUGCUGAGAUGUUACGCUUUGGUGACAGGAUGUUUUAUAAGGACUGGUGGAAUUCCACAUCAUACUCCAACUAUUACAGAACCUGGAAUGUGGUGGUCCAUGACUGGCUGUACUACUAUGCAUAUAAGGACCUUCUCUGGUUUUUCUCAAAGAGAUUCAAAUCUGCAGCCAUGUUAGCUGUCUUCGCUCUGUCAGCUGUAGUGCAUGAGUACGCCCUGGCUGUUUGCUUGAGCUAUUUCUAUCCAGUGCUCUUUGUGCUCUUCAUGUUCUUCGGAAUGGCUUUCAACUUCCUUGUCAAUGACCGUCGGAAAAGGCCGAUUUGGAACAUUAUGAUGUGGGCCUCCCUCUUCUUGGGCCAUGGAGUCAUUCUCUGCUUUUAUUCCCAAGAAUGGUAUGCACGUCAGCACUGUCCUCUGAAAAACCCCACAUUUCUGGAUUACGUCCGGCCCCGUUCUUGGACUUGUCGCUACGUGUUUUAGAAGCUAGUACUUCAUUUCUUUCCUUGCCACAGAAGAGUGAGUCAGCUGUUACUUGGACUGAUCCAGCCUCUCCAGAUGGCCACUACCUCCCUACUUCACCUGAACUUGUGCUGUGGGAAGUUCACUUCAGGCAUUUUUCUCCCCCUUUUUGGGAAGGGAGACUGAUGGCUGAGGUAAUGGCAAGCUUUCCAUCUCAGCUCAAGCCUUGAUAACUGUUUCUGUUUUGUUUCUUCACUCUACUUAAUCAAGAGACUAAACAUCAUGUUUUUGUGGCACUGAAUUGACCAAAACAUGAAGCGCUUGUUUAGAUACCUCUGGUUUCAUAUUUUAACAUACAUACUGUUGGAAGGUAUGCUCAUUAAACAUCAAUUGGAGAAGAAAGGAAAAUAAAAUGGAACAAAUUUUGUUGUUUCUACUAGAGAGAAGAUACCUCUUUUCCAAAGAUGGUCUUGUUAUACAUUCUAUUUCAUUUAUUUGUUGGAACUGUUUUGUUUUCUAAUUGUGCCAGGGAUCAAAUCCAAGGCCCCACAUGUGAUAGGCAGUGCUCUACUGCGGAUACACUCCCAGCCCA